AUGGAGUUAUAGCAUCGUUUGUAUUUCUAGACAUUCCUCAAAAUGGCGGCAAUCGGGCGGCCGAUUGUUCAAAAUAUUUGACUUGUGGCAAAAUGUCCAACAUAUGAACGAAGUACAAAUGUUUAGAAGCUUCAUUCCUUUUAUUAUAGCCAAGAUAUAGAUAAGUGCAGAAGUAUUAAGUUUUGUAAACAUCAAAUUUGUUACAGCAAUGCCAACUUAUUUCUUCUACUUAUAAUUUAGGAAAUUCUAACAUAUUAAAUAAUAUGGAAAGUGGCAUAGAGCUUCAAAAUGCUGAGACCAUUGCUGUUGUCAAUGAUGGCGAUGGCUUGGUUAAAAUGGAAUCCGAACAAUCUAAUGUGGAGUUGGCAAAAGAAUUGCACAAUGAACAAGAAAACAAAUGUUCCUGUGAAAAUAAAAAUUGUGAAAUUCGUAAUUCUAACUCUAACCAUGAAAAUGAUAAAUUAUAUCCAUCAUCUAGUAAAGAAUCACAUCAGUGCAAUUAUUGUGGUGGAUACUUUGAAUGUAUAUUUGCAUAUCGUAGACAUCAUCUAAAAUGUUGGCGAGCAUUUUGUCGAAAAGCAACUUUGAGCCAGAAUAGUACAGAAAGUAAUAAACCUUUUGAAAAGAAAGAUUUUUCAGUGAACAACACAAAUAUUAAUUCCAGAAAAAGCUGUAAUAUAUGUGGCUUGAAAUUUAGGUCUCGAUUACAAUAUGCGAUGCAUGUUCGUAGGAAAAAGUUCUGUCGUCCGCCGCCAUUUAUCUGUGGGAAAUGUGGAAGAGUUUUUAAGCAUCUUCAUCUUUUAAUUAGUCAUGAAAAACGCAAAAUACCUUGCACUCUUAUGGGAACAAAAAGCGGAGAAUCCACAAGUCAAAAGAACACUGCUUCUCCAGUUGAAUUAGAAGACCAAAGUGCUGUUAAGAAAAAUGAUGAUAUAGUUAACUGUGAGAUAUGUGGCAUGCAGUUUGCAUCUUUUCAGUGGUAUGAAAAGCACAUUUCACAAACAAACUGUUUCAGACUCAGAGAUGGUAAAAUGCCAAAUAUCUCUCAGAAAAAAUUUAAAACUCCAUAUCUAGAAAAAUUUAGAACUGUUCGUGGUUAUAAGUGCAAAAGAUGUGGUCAUCUUUUUCGCUAUCCAUAUCGUUUGAGAGAUCAUCUUAUGCGUAAAGUACCGUGCAUACCUAGAAGUGCUAGAAAAACCAUGCCUCCAGUAAAAUCUCUAUCAAGUGAAAGUCAAAAAGAUGAAACUAAUGUAAUUGACAAUAUUGUAGAAGAAAAAUGUCCAAAUAUCGAAAAUACAAAUGCUAAUGUAGGUAGAAAAAUUAUUAGAAAAUAUUGGAAAAUUGCAAAUACACACUCAAAACAAAGAAAACGGCAAGUGGAUGUUAUGAAUAAAUAUGGAACUUUAAUAUGUUGUAUUUGUAACAAAAAAUUUUUUAAUUCAUAUACAUGGAACAAUCAUCUACGUAUACAUUCCACUGCAGGAGAAAAGUGUUUCGUUAAAUGUCCUGUUUGUCAGACCGUUUUUCGUUCUGCAUAUAUGCUCUACUGCCAUCAGAAGAAAACCAACCAUUGGGGAAAAUUGAUGAAGAGUCGUAUAAAUUACUGCCAGUGUCCGUUUUGUGGAAAGAAAUUUUCAUAUGUUGGAUCAAGAAAAAAUCAUGUACAACUUCACAUGCAGGAUUAUCCAUCAGCUGUAAAAGAAUUUUUGGAAAAUACAACAUGUUCAAGUUGCAAUAUUCACUUUGUUUCGGAAGCUAAAAAAUUAGCUCACAUGAGGAAAGUCCACUUAACAGAAUCUGAUAUAAAAACAGAAAAUGUUGAAAAUUGCACUAAAGGAAAGCAAAAAAUUAAACAAGAAUUUCCACCUCAAUCUUCUCAAGUACGAAAUUUUAGUAGUACAAAUAUUAAUGUUGCUGUUUCCAAUAAGAAAAAUGUAUUAGGUGAAGAUAAAGCAUCGGAAUUGCAUUCAUGUACUUUUUGUUUUAAAAAAUUCUCACGCUUAAGUUUUUUGAUUCGUCAUCAUCAAGAAACCCACAAUGAAUGCUUAACUUUUCAGUGUGGUGCUUGUAAUCAAAAAUUCUCAAAUAAAUCCAUGAUUUCCCAACAUAUCAAAAGAAAACACAGAGCUAUUCCAAAAAGUAAUCUGAUUAUUAAAAUUGAUAAAGCAUCAAAUUCAGAAAUAGAACCAAAACUUGAGGAUGAAGAUGAAGAGGAGGAGGAUGAAAAUGAAACAAAGGAUGAACAAACUUUGCAUUUUCAGUCACAGAAUAUAGAUGAUUUAAAUAACUCGAAAAGAGGAAUAUAUUCUUGUGAAUUAUGUAACCUAAAUCAUUUCAGAAAAGUGUCUGCAUUAAGACGCCACAAAAAAUCAAAACUACAUAAAGAUAAUUUGAUGCAAAGUAAACUGGGAGAAAAUGCAAAAUUAGCUUUUACCCAUGACAAGAAGAAAACUCCUAAAAUUUUAAUUUGUUCUGCUUGUAACCAAUCAUUUGAUUCCUUGAGAAAUUUUAUCCCUCAUCGUUUGAAUCAUUUUAAUUUUCAAAAUGCAGAUCCAGCAGAAACUGUCACAAAUGAGCCAUAUUAUUGUGAAAUUUGUUCAAAAGUCAUAAUUCGCCAGAAAAGAAUAGAAACCCAUUUAUUAGGCCACUUACGUAGACAUAAGGUACAGUUAAAAGAUACAAGUUGUAGCAAUGACAAUACCAAUAAUUUAAAACAAUCUUUAACUGAAAAAUUUACUGAUGUUAAAGAUAAUUCAAAAACAGAAACUGAACAAAAUGUUAAUGAUUUACAACCAGAAAAGUAUGAAGAAGGACAGAGGCGAAAGAAGGUGAACUUUACAUGUAAAGUUUGUAAACGAAGUUUCAGAACAAAACGUCUUCACACAUUUCAUGUUCGUUAUCGCUGUAGAUUUCAAUUAACAUGCGAACAUUGUAAAAAACAAUUUCCUUCUAAAAAGAAAUACAGACUUCAUAAAGAACGUUUAAGAUGCAAAGUACCACAACCUAAAUUACACUGUCAGUAUUGCUCAUUAGAUUUUUCUUCAGUUAGUGAUUUAAAGUGGCAUGAGAAAAGUUGCCAGAAAGUCCAUGGCACAGAAUCUGGAGACUUCAACCUCGAUAAUAUGAAUAAUUUAUUUCAUUGUCAGUAUUGUCAUAGUCCAUUUUUAACUUUACAAACAUGCCAAGAACAUGAGAAUUAUUGCAAGAAAGAAGCCUUUUGUUCAAUUUGUAGAUCAUAUUUUACUUCUUAUGAACUUCUUAAUAAACAUAAUAAUGAAUUUCAUACAUCAGAGAAGUUAUUAACUUGUUUAGUGUGUGGAAAAGUAUUUCAAAACAUAAAAUCACUGAAUUCACAUAUGGAAACUCACAGUAGUGAAGAAAUACACAAGUGCAGUAGUCAGACAAAUCACAAUUCAACUAAAUUAAAAUCAGAGGACAUACUGUCAUGUCAUCAUUGCAAUACAAGUUUUCAAGAGCAGCAUGACUUGAAAGAACACCUAGUCAUUCAUAAUCCUUUUACAUGUCCUGUUUGUGGGAAAGUUGAAAACAAUGUUCACGGAUUUAGAAAGCAUCCCUGUCGCCUUCCAAAUGGAACAUUAGCAACUGGACUUGUUUUUAAAAGAAAACAAACAAAGCUAAAUUAUAUUCAAAAUGACAAAGAAUUAAUUCCUAAUGUUGAACUUGAAACCAAAAAUAAUUGUUCAGAAUUAAGUAAUAAUGCAGUAGCAUUAUCAGAGGAAACUUCAGAAUUGGAUAAAGUUAACAGAAAUCAUGAAGAGGGCAGCACAGAGAAUAAUGACGAAUUCAGGGAAAAAAUGCCUUUGGAUAUUCUCCGCGAUAACUUUUCUCAGUUACUAUAUUUAUUUGUUGCCGAUCCAGAAUUAAUGUCUCAAUUUGGAUGGGGCCAAAGGUUAAUUGAUGAUGUCUUGGACGAUGUGCUUCAGAACAUGGGGCAGAAUUCCAUUGAUCGAGACUCCUCUCUCUCUGAACUGGAGCGCCUUCGCGAAAACAUCAGAGUUCUCUUGAGAAUAUGUAUCAAAGAUCAAGUGAUGGAUGCUGUAGAUAGUAACAAUAAAUCCAUAGAUGAAAUUGUAAUAGACAUGCUUGGAAUGUGUCAGGCCAGCUUGGAAGGUCAGACGACCAUAUCGGACAAUACUUCUUGAGUGAAACUACUGCCAUUAAAUUUGUUUAAAAUGUAUUUGGUAAAUGAUAAAAAGAAAAAAAAUGAAAAAAAAUUGCUAAGGUACAAAAUGUAUAAUUGUCCUAUCAAUUGAUAAUUACUAUUUCAUCAUAAAAGGGCAUUUUGUAUUACCCAUUCUUAGUAAGUAUUGUAUUUUAUUAAUAUUUUACACUUUUAGUCUUUGAGUAGUUACAUGUAGAUUGAAUUUAAAUGUAUAUUCUUAUAUUAUUUAGUAAUGUUUUGCACUGGUAAGUUUCCCAAAAAAUUACACUAAGUCUUUUGAAAUGUUAAGCUCUCUCAGAAACUGUCAAAUGCAAAGAUCGAGAUGAUAAACCCCAUUCAUUUUUUGUAUGUAACAUUUAUACACUGAGCUAUUGCAAAAUAAUUUCUGGUUAUGACAAACAUUAUGUAAUAUACUGUUAAUGAAUUUUAAACAGUAAAUUUAUGUAAAACUGAUAGAGGGUCAAUAUUUUUAAUCUAGUUUAGUUUGAAAAUAAAAGACAAAUGUGUUAGUUUUUUGCAAUUACCUGUUCAUAUAAAAACAUUUGUGAAAGUUGAAAAACAUUUUAAUAUAAAUAUCAUUGCACAGCUUGAGAAAAUAUGGGAUUAAAAAUAUUUUAAAAAUUAAUGUGUAGUCUAAUUAUUAUUAUUUGAAUGUCAUUAAAUUCAUGAAGUAUAAAUUGAUUUAAAUUAAUUAUUUGUUUCUUUAUGCUUUGUUGGUUAAUGUUUUUACAUAAUUAUCUCGAAUCAGAAGCAAUUUUGCUGUGCUUUUUAAGUAAGCUAAUUAAUUAUUAAAGCUAGAUUCAAUGUAGUUUUUAUUUGAAUGUCAAAAUUAAUAUUAAUUUUAUACCAAAUUUCAUAAUUUAAUCCUGUAUAUAUGUAUGUAGAUGAAUCUUCAAACUUAUUUUUCAAAUACCAGUUUGUUCCAUGGUAUUUUAGUAAUCAUGAAAGUAUAUGAUUAUGAUCAUUAAAAUGUAUUUGGCUACUGCAUUAAAUAUACUGUGUUUGUUAUAUAUCAGAAUUUAAUUCAGUAAUGUGCGUAACAUUUAUAGUUAUUUGGCUAUGUUUGUGGUGAAAUAAACAUAGUGUAAUGGCUGAUUAUUUUAGGAAGAAAAUGCAUAUUAUUUUAUAAGAGAGAUAUUUCAAUAUCAUAAAAUACAGAAAACAGAUGCCAUAUUUAUUCUAAUAAACAGUGCAGUGCAGCUGCAAGAUGAAAAUUUAUAGUCUCCUCUAAUAGUAAGUGUGCCUUUUAUCAGAAUAUGAUAAGGCUAAUUGCAAAAUGAAAAACUGCACAUUCUAUUCAGCAUUGUAAUUGCUACUGAAAUUUUGAUUGAUGUGUCAAAAUCUAUUUUUUACCAUAUGUUGAAAUGAACUUUGAGUGUUUUGACAUUGCACUGUUUAAAUAAUAAUAAUAGUGGAAAAUGUUACCUGAUUUAUUCCAUUAAUAGUUAUACCUAAUUCUGGACAAUAGAAAUAAUAGUUACUGUUGAAUAACAGUUGUGUGCAAUUGAACAAAGAAUAGAAUAUUAAUUAAAGGAAUACAAAUUUACAAGAUUACUAUGUACAUUUUUUAGAAUAAAUGCUAAUUACCAUAACGUAUUAUAGAGUUGUGUUAUUUAUCCAGUACACUGAAGGUAAUUUUGAUAUUGCAAAAUAGUAUUUAAGGGAAAAACUUUGAUGAUACAAUAAUAGUUACAACUGUUAUUCUAAUAAAUCAAUAUAAACCAUACAGCUGCAAGAUGAAAAAGUUAUAGACAGCAUGCUAUUUAUUAGAAUAAAUGUGGUAUAUAUCAAAGUUUUCAAGAAUUGUUAACCUUGGUUAUAUAACUGUACAUAAAAUUAGUUGCAGCUUUUACAUAAAGUAUAUAAUUUUGAUCCUACUUGUAUUAUAUGUUUGAUCAAAGCAAAUUAAAAUUGCUUAAUUGACUGAAUCAACCUUUAAUUCAGUGUGCUGAACAUUUUAUUGAAUGAACAUAUAUUCUUCAAUAAAAAACUAUACUUUUCAGUUUACAUUGGCUGUAUUCAGCAGAGUAAACAGUUGUAACUGAGCAAAGGUAUUUCAGUCAGUAGUUGUUACAUAGUUACAUCUGCUGAACAAUGAGUGAUGUAUGCGUUGGAACAGUCAUCAUUAGUCAGUUACAGCUAGCAAUAGGUAACGUGAGUGUAAGAUACUACUAAAUGUGACAUAAAAACACCAAACAUGUUCCGAAACAGCACUACUGUAAAGGACAUUCAGCAGAAAAAUAUUCAAUGGCUCCAGAACUGUUGAGUUUACGCUAUACAUAUGCAGCUACUUUCCUUUUUCCAGCUUUUAUUUUUGACAUUUAUCUUUGAAAUACUUUACUUGAUCCAUUCUAGUAAUAAAACUUAGUAAUUAAUUGAUAUAAUAUUUAAAAGAUGUUCUUAAAAAAUUAGUUUCGUCAAUCAGUAUAUAUACAGUAUAUGUAUUGGUUGAUCAAUAUACAGUAGAGCGUCGAUU